UAAAAGAAAGAAAAACUAACUAGAAAAACUUUAUCUUCUCUUCACAAGCUUCAAUUUUUCUUGAGUUAGGGGGAAUCCCAUUUAGCAAAGAGGGGCUGGCCUAGAACCUGGGCUUCCUCCUCUGCUUUCAUUUCUCUCCCUUCCUGGUUUUCUCUGGAAAAGUUCAAGGAGGAGAACAAAGGACAGCUUGGGUUGGUAAAAAACAGAGAGAAUUAGUCUUAUCUCCUUACAUUAAAGGCCUGUUCUUCAGUCUUCAUACCUCCAAAUCUGUGUCUCUAUUUUCUCUCUCUCUCUCUCUCUGUUUGGAGGUCUAGCUUUCCAAAUCAGAGGUAGUGUCUCUAAUUUCAUUUUGCUCAAAUUGGUUUAGUUUUAGAGUCUGCAAUGAGAGAUAUAGCUUCUUGUUUAGGCGAAUACGCCAUUAAAGUAUCUGAUUCUGCUUGUUCAGCCCCUGCGAACCAGGCUUGUCGCCCCUCAGGUCUGGUUCCUUCGAUCCAAGAUUCUGUCGCUUGUCUUUACAAAACCAAGCUCUCCACCCAAAAGCAGCUUCUAAUCACAGUCACCUGGUGCAAGAACCCCACUGGCCAAGGCCUCAGCAUCAACAUCGGAGAUGACCCAUCUUCUUCAUCAUCCGCUCUGAAAGUCAACACAAAUUCUCGAUUUUUCAGGAAAACGAAAGGUAAUCGGACAUUUGAAUCCUGCAAUUCUAAGAUUGAAGCUCUCUGGGAUCUCUCUAAUGCCAAGUACGAGUCAGGGCCUGAACCCACCAACGGGUUUUAUGUGGUGGUCGUAGUUGAUUCAGAGGUCGGUCUCUUCCUGGGAGACAUGAGCGAAGAUGUGGUCGCCAAGAAACUCAAAACCGGAAUCCCACUUGCCCAAUUCUCUCUUGUUUGCAGGAGAGAACAUUUUACAGGCAAUACCCUCUAUUCAACUAAGGCUCAAUUCUGCGAUACUGGAAUGGCUCACGACAUUCUAAUCAGGUGUAGCGGGGAAGAUGAGGGUUUGAAGUAUCCUGUUCUGUCUGUUUGCAUUGAUAAGAAGAAGGUGAUUCGGGUGAAGAGGUUACAGUGGAAUUUCAGAGGGAACCAGACCAUCUUCGUGGAUGGAUUGUUGGUUGAUAUGAUGUGGGAUGUUCAUGACUGGUUCUUCAAUCCUGCUUCUGGUUACGCUGUUUUCAUGUUUAGGACAAGGAGUGGAUUGGAUAGCCGUUUGUGGUUGGAGGAGAAAUUGGUACAGAAAGAGCAGGAGAAAGUCGAAUUCUCUUUGCUCAUCUAUGCCUGUAAGAACCCAUAAACAAAUUUUUACUCUUUUUGAUUCAAUUUUUUUUUUUUCUUCUUCAUUUAAUUGUUCUAAUUACAAGCUGAAAUUUUAGUUGCUGAAAUUUGAAUUGUAGAUAAAACCAGAACUGAUAUCUGGAUCUUUGUUCA